AUGAACCAAAUGAAUCAAACUGAAGUCUGGGAAUUCGUUCUUUUAGGUUUUUCGGAUCACCCCACAUUGGAGCCUGUGCUUUUUGCCAUCUUCCUCUUCAUCUAUCUCCUUGUCCUGCUUGGUAAUAUUGGCAUCAUUAUCCUGGUUGCUUCAGAUCCACAUUUACAGACUCCCAUGUACUUUUUCCUUCAAAAUCUAGCAUUUAUUAACCUUUGCUAUACCACUGCUGUGGUCCCCAAAAUGUUGUCCAACAUGAUAUUGACAAAGAAAACCAUAUCCUAUCAUAUGUGCAUGACACAAACAUAUCUCUCUGCCUUUCUUGGAGCAGCAGAAUGUAUUCUGCUGGCUGUGAUGGCUUUUGAUCGCUAUACAGCAGUGUGUCACCCCCUGCGUUACACCAUAAUAAUGAAUCUCCAAACCUGUACUAGAAUUGCAGCUGCUUCUUGGACCAUUGGCUUUCUAGUUUCUGUUGUCCCACUCUACUUAAGCUUACCCCCACUUUGUGCACCUUAUGUCACCAAUCAUGUCUUCUGUGAGUCUCCUGUCUUGCUACACAUGAUUUGCACUGAUACGUCUUUAAAUGAAUUAUUGAUGUUAGUUGGGGGCUUGGGCACACUGAUGCUGCCCUUUAUCUUGAUUCUGAUUUCCUAUGGCUAUAUUAUUGGUGCAAUAAUGAAGAUUCACACUACUAGUGGCAGAUGCAAAGCUUUUUCAACAUGCUCUUCUCACUUGACAGUGGUGAUAAUCUAUUAUGGGACAGGGAUGUUCAUGUAUAUGAGGCCAAAAUCCUGUUAUUCACCAGAGAAUGAUAAGCUAAUUUCUAUAUUCUAUUCUGUUAUCAAUCCAAUGCUGAACCCUAUAAUAUAUAGUUUUAGGAAUAAGGAAGUCAAAGAAUCAUUAAAGAGAGUGCAUUGGACAAGUCUAACUUCUAACUUCUGA